AUGGCUGAGAAGUCCUUCAAGUAUGUCAUCCUCGGAGGCGGCGUUGCUGCGGGGUAUGGAGCAGCAGAGUUCGCGAAGCAGGGCCUGAAGGCUGGCGAGCUUGCCAUCGUGUCGCGAGAGGCGGUGGCUCCCUACGAGCGACCUGCGUUGAGCAAAGGCUACCUCUUUCCUCAAUCGCCUGCGCGACUGCCUGGGUUCCACACAUGCGUGGGUGGCGGAGGGGAACGGCUGACCCCCGAAUGGUAUUCGGAAAAAGGCAUCGAGCUCAUUCUGAACACGGAGGUGGUGUCUGCUGACGUGGCGAACAAGAAGCUCUCCACUGCGUCGGGCGACACCAUCGCCUUCACCAACCUCAUCAUUGCCACCGGCGCCGAUACCAUCAAGCUGACGGACUUCAAGACGCCAGGCGCGGACGCCAAGGGCAUCUACUACCUGCGGGAGAUCAAAGAGGCGGACGAGCUGUACGCCGCCAUCCAGGCCAAGAAGGGCGGCAAGGCCGUGGUGGUGGGCGGCGGGUACAUCGGGCUCGAGCUCGCGGCCAUCCUCGCCAUGAACGAUAUCAAGGCCACCAUGGUCUUCCCCGAGCCCUUCUGCAUGCCGCGUCUCUUCACCCCGACCCUGGCGGCGUUCUACGAGGGGUACUACGAGGCCAAGGGCGUCACCAUUGUGAAGGGCACGGUCGCCACGGCCUUCACAGCCAACGAGGAGGGGCACGUGAAGAGUGUGACUCUCAAGAGCGGGGAGACUCUGGAGGCGGAUCUGGUGGUGGUGGGUGUGGGCGCCCGGCCCAACGUGGGGCUGUUCAAAGACCAGCUCGCCUUCGACAAGGGCGGGAUCAAGGUGGAUGCUCGCUUCCUCUCCAGCGCCCCAGGCGUGUAUGCCGUGGGAGAUGUGGCCACAUUCCCCAUGAUCAAGUAUGGCGAUGAGAGGCGCGUGGAGCAUGUGGAUCACGCCAGGAAGUCAGUGCAGCAGGCUGUGAAGGCAAUCAAGGCAGCGGAGGCGGGGGAGCAGGUGGCGGACUAUGCGUACCUGCCCUACUUCUACUCGCGCUCCUUCGACCUCUCCUGGCAGUUCUACGGGGACAACGUGGGCGACGCCGUGCACUACGGGCUCACGGACGGCAAGGCGGCCGGCGAAGGGGCGGCGAAGUUCGGCGCGUACUGGGUGAAGGACGGCAAGGUGGUUGGCGCGUUUUUGGAGGGAGGGAGCGCGGAGGAGAACAAAGCGAUUGCCAAGGCGGCUCAGGAGCAGCCUGCUGUUGGGAGCCUAGAGGCUCUGGCAGGAGAGGGGCUGGGGUUUGCCCUCAAGGCUUGA